AUGGGUCUGGGUCGCAAGGCCAAGGAACCCAAAAAGAAGAGCCCUUCGGCUGUUCUUGGUAAGUUCCGGACCUUGGUGGAGGGAGCAGGCAAGGACGAGAAGGUGGUGGAGGCAAAGCCGAAGCUACUUCGCAAAGUCCUUGCGCUGCUGGAGGAUCUCCUACGGGAGAAGCAAGCGCAACAUGCGCUUCCAGAGCCGGCAAACUCUGGUGAGAAAGAGAUGGUGCAAUCAAGCGGCACCAACAAGGGUGCACCAAAACAGGUGCCCCUCGAUGAGGGCUUCGUCGUUCAGACGAAAAAGGGGCGUGUACCCAAGCCCUCUAAAGGCUCGGGUGUGCCAACCCCUAAAGGUAAUGGGCAAUCACGUGCAAAACCUGCCGCACAGGCAAAAGUAAAGGUGGAUGCGGUUAAGCCGCGGAAGGCUCUGGAGAAGCCAAAGCCAGCUCCACCCCCGAAGGCCAAAAAGGCCAAGCGCAAGCCGAGAAGCCGACCAGAAGCGAUCCUGGUAGCCUCCGAGGAGGCCGGCUCAUAUGCGGACAUCCUCAAAGGAUUCCGCACAAACGAGGGCCUCAAAGAGGUUGGUCAGCAAGUGGCGAAGAUCCGCCGCGCCCAAAAUGGGCAUAUGCUGAUCGAACUGAAGCGGGGUGAAUCCGCCCAUGCAGUAGCGCCUGCCCUAGCGGAGGCGCUCAAGGAUAAGGCCAAGAUUCGGCCUCUAGCUCCCACCAAGAUCGUGGAGCUACGCGAUCUGGAUGAGAUCGCGACGGUGGAGGAGAUCGUCGAUGCUCUGAAGGAGCAGACAAAGAUCUCCAUUGAUGAUACGUCGUAG